GCUGCUAUAACUACCUGUACAGGAUGAAGGCUCUGGAUGCCAUCAGAACCUCCGAAAUCCCGUUUCACGCAGAGGGCCGGUACCCAAAGUCUUUAACAGGGAAGAAUUUCUGUGCCUACCUGCUGGAACUGCGGAACUCCAGCACCUCCUUCAAAGGCAUCCGCAAAGCCUUGGUCGACACCUUGCUGGAUGGGUACGAGAGCGCCCGCUACGGCACCGGGGUCUUUGGGAAAACAGAAUAUCUGAAGUACCAGGAUGCUCUGAACGAGCUGGCAAACCU